GCGGGGCGGGCCUUCUCGGGGGUGGAGCUCUCGUUUGGUCAGUGUGCUCAGCGGGCACGCUCCUCAGUCAGCGUAGCCAGUCCCUCUGGCCCAGCCUCCACCUAAACCAGCACCCGUCUGCUUUGGUAGGAGUGCUCCUGUGCAAGGUUAAAGCGCAAACACUCUCCAGUACACAGUGUGUUUUUAGAGACGCCUGUUUGGGGUGCUGUGGGCGGGAUUCUUUCCUCAGCGGUGAAGUGUUUAACCUGCGUACUGCAGGAGCCUGAUGGCUUUUAUCUGCCCGUCUGCCAGGCUGGUUUUCUACCAUGUUUCUGCUCGAUAGUGCUCAGUGAUCUCCAGCUCGUCUGAUUGUCUUCAGCUGUGCAGCUGUGCUCUGGUGGCCGAUAACACAGCGUUUAUUACCGCUGAGAGCGAGCUGGGGUGAGCGGCACGCACUCCACACGCGCUCCACACACGGUCCACACACGGCGGAGGCCAGCCAUCGCCGCCCCGCCCGAGCGCUCGUGGAGUCAGAGGGCCGAGGGAAGUGGAGCACGGCUGUGAGGCGGGAGAUUAGGCCUGCCUGGGCCUUAUCUCUGAGGGUCAGGCCAACGUGCGCGAGAGCUCCCUCACCACUCCCAGAGACCAGCCCGCUGAGAUCAGCCCUCUGAGAUCAGCCCUCUGAGAUCAGCCCUCUGAGAUCAGCCCUCUGAGAUCAGCCCUCUGAGAUCAGCCCUCUGAGAUCAGCCCUCUAAGACAAGCCCUCUGAGAUCAGCCCUCUAAGACAAGCCCUCUGAGAUCAGCCCUCUAAGACCAGCCCUCUGAGAUCAGCCCUCUAAGACAAGCCCUCUGAGAUCAGCCCUCUAAGACCAGCCCUCUGAGAUCAGCCCUCUAAGACCAGGCCUCUGAGAUCAGCCCUCUGAGAUCAGCCCUCUAAGACCAGGCCUCUGAGACGCACUCUUCAUUUGCCCAUGUCAAACUCGGUCCUGCCCCGGACCCAAAUGUGAUUUUGUUACACGCACCAACAUACAAAUGGCCUCCUCGCCGUUUUAUACUUCGAAUGGCUGUUCCCAGCGCUGCUUUUGGUUUAUUUACUUCUGUAAAGGUUUUGGAGAAGGGAAAGCAGGAGGCCGGUGUGAAACGUUCUUUGAUCUGAGGCCGGAGAGCGAUUGGCCGGGGCUCCCGCUGUCCGUUUGGGUUCUGCGGACGCUCUCCCAGAGCGGCGUUCGGUGUGUGACUGGCAGUCUCUUCAGCAGCGCCGCUCUCCCGCGGCCUCAGAUGCCUGCCGCUCUCUUUCCUCCUCCCCUUCCAAAGUCUAAUUAUGUUAGUGACUGAGAUAUAAUAGCCUGUGACAGCCGCUUUAAUCAGACUGAGAAUGCAGUGCUUUGCGCUGAGCAGUGCGCUUCCAACCCAAACCCAAACCCAAACCCAAACAGAAGCCCAAGCCCAAACCCAAACCCAAGCCCAAACUCGGCCCCGCGCCCUCCUCCAUCACAGCCCUGCAGCAGGAGCUCUCCCAGGUCCCCUUUAGAACCCGGCUUUCGGUUCCCCUUACAGAAGCAUUCACUGUUUUAUUUAUUUUGCAAUCCCUUCACAUUUGUGUUUGAUGCCCAAGAGUGCAUUAAUUUUACAGUACCUUUAUUUGGAAUGAUGAUACAUCUAUUUCAAUGGACCCUUGGGUCCAUCAUAUGAAUUGUAACACCCAUCUUGGCUUCUUUUGUGUGCAUCUCCCUCUUACAUGGUUAAUUCAGAAUUAUGUCUAUGAAGCAUGGGAGCACUCAUUGCUGCUGUGGCUAGGUUCUUGCAUGCUGUUUUAGCUCGAACAUUAUAUUGAAAUUCAACUCAUAAAGGAUGAGUCAAGCUGACUGUGGUCGCACAAUGUCAGUUGUGUAUAAUCAGAUGUCAUUUUUUUUAAACCCUGUAAAAAUCAGUCUCAAAUUGACCUAUGAAUGCUGUGUGAUUACAGUAAAGAUCCCAUCAAAAAGUGACAUGAUCACCUUUCCCAAUUUUAAAAUGCUACCUGAAAAAAGCAUACAAUACCUUCCUCUGCCAAAUCAUUAUUUGAAUUUAUAAUUCUGGUUUAUAUCACAUCCCUGAAUGAUUGUGUAGUUAUCCUUUGCUUUCCUAAUGCUUAAACUGAACUGAUGUCAUUGCAUACGCUAUUGGACAGGUGAAGCACAGGCCAGCCUUCAGCCCCUCCCCCUAACCCCACCUCUUGUCACGCCGUUGCCAUAGAGACACAGGACAUGCAGCUUUGAGCAGUCAGACCGUCGUUGGAGGAUAUUUUCAGUGUUGUGGAGUGGCACUUUCCGAGGCAUUUGGUUUUAGUCAGUGCCUGUAAAUUUCAGGAUUAUUUGACAUUAAAAAAAAUCUAGCCGAUGCCAUUUUUUGAAGUUUCAAAACAUUGACACAUUGAUUUCGGUGUCUGAACAAGAUUAAUAAAGGGAAAAUGUAAAAUGUAAUGUUUGUAUUAUUACUGGAAGGAUCUCAGGCAAGUUGUGCACACAAGGAAGUUCCAGUAAUACUUGUUCUUGUUUUUUGUGGCAUCCAAAACGUCAGAUUGUUAAUUUAUACAUAUAUAUUUUUAAACAAACAAAAAUGAAUAAAAAAUACCACUAAGUGGACUAUAUUCAGUCCAGCUCGCAGCUUUCCUUGAAAGUAAGAUUGGCUUACGUCUGUGCUCACUGCCUUAAACUCACUGACUCUGUUUCCUUAGGGCAUGUCGAACCAGAAAAAUGGCUUUUUAAAAGAAGGUGAAGAAGAAAAAAGAUGUACAGUAGACCAAUGUCAGAUUGUAUAAAGUACCAAGUGAAAAAAAUAUUUAUUACCUGCAUUGGAAAAAAAUUGUUUACCUAUUGAAUGUUACCUGUUUAUGUAGAGAAGUUUAGAUGUAAUAAAACGCAUUCAGCUAACUUGACAUUGAUUGCGUCAUUAUUUUUCCCAGCAACCAAAGGUUAUUGCAUUUAAUCUUUAACUAAAUAUUUUAGGUUUUUUCCUACCCCCAUUUAUCUUAAGUAUCUAUUCUGAGUAAAUAUUACUGCCAGAUGACUACCCCAGUUUCUGUUCAAAACUGGAGCACUCCUGACUCUUACAGAAAAAAACUGUCGACUUUUUGCCAGGUAAAGUGAGUUUCAUGACUGCCAUUCUUAAAUAGCUCGGUAGAUGGCACUGUAAUACCAAUUCACGAAAGAAAAACAAUUCUAUACAAUUCUAACAGUAGUAACAGAAAAGAUGCCGGUCUGUUUUGAUAUCGAAAUAGCCUACAACCAGCUCGAGGAAAAAUGCAUUGAUAGAAGAAGUUUCUCUGCGUUGGGAUAUGCAACUUAAAUCUCACGACCCUGACCAUUCCGGCAAAUGAAUUUCGGAAAACUGCAUGCAUCUUAUUUUUAAUUAUCUUUUCAUUGAAGUUCAGCAAUGUUUCGACACACGGUGAAUAGCCUAGUCGUUCUGUUUUCUAAAAUAAUUAAGUUUUUCAGCUAGGCCUAAAUUAGCCUACAGAACGCGUAUUCAGUCAUUUAUGUAAAAGAAACUGGGCGUCAGUUGGCUACUUGUGCAGCAGUUGAUAAAUUAUGUAAAUAUGUAAAAAUGUUGUCUAGGAAAAUCAGACGUGAGUUGCUUCGAUGUGCGGAAUAUAUUACGGAACGUGGAAUAGUUCAUCUAAAAAAGGUCGUCGGGCCACUCAAAUAUAGGCUACUCAAAGUAGAAAUAUGCAUGUAACAUCUAAGACCACCGACAUUGGUGAAGUUAUACCUUUGUUUAAAUAAAUGGCCUAUAUCAACUAUUCAAGGUGAACCAGCCCAGAAAACUUUUGCUGGUUGCUAUUCUUUAGAAAUGUGCAAUCAUGCACGGCCUAUAUCAUUACAUCAAAUGCACAAUGCAAAAUCAAAUACAUAAUGCUGUAAUGAAUAAAACUCGGAAGCAUAUUCAGUCUUAAAUCUUCUAUUUCGAAUGACCUUCCGAUCAACCCCAUCAAUCAAUUCCCAAUAAUUACACAAUUUGCAUAAUGUAACAGCUUGUGCGCAGUAAGUGGGCUAAACCCACAAGUAAGAGCACUGAUAUUGGCUACGGUUUAAUGUUAAUUCUGACGCCUGGACCCAGAGUCAAUCAAAACAACUUCACCAAUCCGCGCGUUCAAGGGGCAGGCAAUCCGAAAGCGCACAUGUAAUAAAAGCCUGGAGUGGCACACUUUUCGAGCAUAUUCGGCUAAUAUUCGUAGGACUAAGACAGUGAAUCGAUUGUGGAGGCUUCAAAAGUAUGUGCGCUGUUUCAAAGAAGAACAUCGAAAUACACAAAGCUUCUGCUGAUGUCAUAUCGUUCCGUUCAGUUGUUCUCCACGCGUAGUCCCAUUUUCGUUGAAAAUAAUGGGGGACAUUCUUAAUUAUACUACCAGCGGAACAUUUAACAGCUCUUUGACAGAUGACGACCGGUUCAGCAGUCUGGAGGACAUAGAUGUACCUGCAGACGGGAGCCCUGUUCUCAGGUUCUUUAUUUCGAUUGUGUACUCAGUGGUGUGCGCUGUUGGGUUGGUGGGGAACUUGCUGGUUUUUUUCUUCAUAAAAGUAAAACAAGGGAGGAAAAAAUCCACAAUUAACUUUUUUAUUCUUAACCUGGCCGUGACGGACUUCCAGUUUGUGUUGACCCUGCCCUUCUGGGCGGUGGACACCGCUCUGGACUUCAGCUGGCCGUUUGGACAUGCGAUGUGCAAGGUCAUUCUGUCCGUCACCGUCAUGAACAUGUACGCUAGCGUGUUCUUUCUCACUGCCAUGAGCAUUACUCGCUACUGGUCUGUCGCAUCAGCUCUUAAGAACCAAACUCGACAAAUAUCCUGCUCGGUGAAAUGGGUGAGCGCACUACUGUGGGUCUCGGCGACCGUGGCUACGGCACCAACAUCUAUAUACUCCACGGUGAGAAACGUAGCUGGAGAGAAACUCUGCCUCUUGAAAUUCCCUCGUGGACAGUACUGGCUUGCCGUGUACCAUCUUCAAAAAAUUUUGAUUGGCUUUGUCUUACCGAUGCUAACAGUUUCAAUCUGCUAUUUGCUGCUCCUGCGGUUCAUCCGCCUGCGGAGCAUGAACACUAAAAACUCCAAGCGGAGAUCCAAAGUCACAAAAUCCGUCACCAUCGUGGUUCUCUCGUUCUUUCUUUGUUGGAUGCCAAACCACGCCAUCACGUUCUGGGGAGUCUUAGUCAAAUUCAAUGUGGUUUACUGGGAUAAAACAUACUACACUGUUCACACCUAUGUGUUUCCUGUGACUGUCUGUCUAGCCCAUGUCAAUAGUUGUUUAAACCCAGUUCUUUACUGUCUCACGCGGAAGGAGUUUAGGAAGAAGCUAAAAGAUUUAAUUUUUAGAAUGUAGCCUCUGGUGGCUGCUUCAGAUGCAGGAAUGAAUAUGGUGGAUGUUCUAAAAAAAUAUAUAUAACCCACAGAAAUUAUUUUAUUAUUUGUUGGAAGGAAAUGGGUAUGUGUGUUUUGAUCUAGCUUACCGAAGAUGUAAGACACGUUGCGAACACAUUUACAGUUCCAUCAGGUAUUGGACCUACAGCUAAUGCCAUUAAAGUGACAGUAAUUUUAUUCAAAUCAGAAUUCCUUUGUCUGAAAUUGAUUUGACGUGGUAAAAAGAACACUGUUUACAUUUUGCCGUGGUAUGUCUCGCUUGUCCUCAGAAAUGUAGCUCACAAUUUGUAUAUGUCCAGCAAAUGGCGUGAGACAGCGCAUGAAUAGAGAAUAGAGUGGGCUAAGUGGCCAGAGUAAUGCGAGUUCGCUUUUGUAGCCUAUUUAACGGAAGCUAUAGGUGUGUUGACAUGCUGUAUAAAAUAGCUGUUGUUUUAUGGUAAUAGUUUUAGGCUACAUGAGGUAAUGGAAGCAAUUGUACACAAUCAUCAUUCAUAACUAAGACUGCUCACAACUUGGAAAAAUAACAGAUCGACUGCUUUUAUGUAAAUAAUUAGCCACAUAUUUAAAUCUUAAUAUUUAGUGUCCCAAUUUAAAAUAUUGAGUGGUGUGUUGUUUUUAAGCCUUCUAAUAUGUGGUGCGAGUAUGUUCUAUUUUAAACCAAAAUGCGUUCUAGAACCAAUGAUGUCGAUGAAAAUGGUAUUUAAAAAUAAAUAAAUAAUUUAAAUUAAGUUUGCGUGUCGCAACGCGCUUUAUAGUCUAAUUAUGUAACUGUGAUAUUGUGAGAUGUUUAAUUUUGAUCUCGGAUCCUACGCAUGCUGCUGUAUCGUCAUGUUAUAAAAUCAAUCAAGUAUGUCAUUCUAUUAUUGAAAAUUAAUUGUGUGUGUGUGCGUGUGUCGAUACGUUGUUAAAGUGAAUAGUCCACACCAUGUAGGCUAACCUAGGGUAUGUUUACGAAAUAGCUGAACAACUAUGCUUCUAAUAUAGUGUGAUUCAGGCUAUUAUUGACUGUGGCUGCAAAGUAGUCAAUACACAUAAAGCUGAUUUUAUCAUUUG